CAACUGUGUUCAUACUCCAUUAAUGACAUAAAUCCCAGAAUUCAUUCCUUAAAUAUUUCUAGUUGCUGUGAACAGUGUCAUAAGGUCCUAAACUAUUCUUGAGUGUUGUUAGUGAAUUAUACUUGUCUUAAUUGUCAAUAUCAAGAGACCUAUUUAUGACUUUCAGGACCUUACAAUGCCAUUCUUAGCAAUAAAAAAGGUACUGAAUGAAGUACAUUAACCGGCAUUCUGUGCAAAUCAUGGUCUAGUUAUAACAGUUGGAUAUUUUAUGUUUAAAAACUCCAUUUUGAACACAACCUCAUAGGCAAACAACAUAAUUCAUGAAAUUAUUAUCUUCACGAUGGUACAGCAGUUAUAUACUUCUGUCAUCUUAUCCCUCAAUAUGCGAAUUAAUGUUUUCACCAUGCUGGCAAAAAAAGCUUAAUGAUUUCCACAACGCUGACUGGUUACGUAUGUGUCUACUGUUUGACCCUGUCAAAUAACCAGACAAAAAAGACUGUAUCAGCUAUUUAACAGUUUCAUGGACUUUGAAUUUGAUUCUGACUUAGUGUCUGGAGAACAUCUUCGUUUUAUGGUGACCAGACCAUAGGAAGUAAGAAAAAACAAUCAUUUUCCAAAAACAUCCAGGCAAAUUUCACUUUUACACUUGGAAAUACUGUCAAUUCAUUCCCAUAAAAACAAUUUAACCCUUACGAAAUUAGAAACAAUUAAGACAAUCUUACACAUGAAAAACUCUUAUUCCACAACAUGACAGCACAGGUGGCAGUUACAUUGACAGGACCCACCCUAUGGCCACAGCCCCCUCUGAAAAAGAAUUCAAAUUGUUCAAGAACAAAAAAAUAUUUAAACAUUAUUAGUAAAUUACUAAAUUAAAAAGUAUACAUUGGAUUUUUUGUGGACUUUUUGGUGAUAAUUUAGGUUUUGGUGAUAUUGAGAUUAGGAUGUAGUGCAUUUUUGUUCAAAUUCCCAGUAAACCAAGUACAGUUUGUUGUAAAAAGGUUGUUCUUAAAACGGGACAUAUAAAAGUUUCACCUGCCGGCCGGGGAUGCCUAUUUGUUGUUCCAUCAAUAACUACAACUGUCCAAUCAUCACCAAAAUUGGUCAGAAUGUGUAUGGGGACGAGUUUGAUAAUGAGCCAUUUUGCAUGAGUCACUCGAGACAUAUCGCCCUCUUAUUAUAGAAAUUACCUAAAAUUGGUCUUGUACCCUCAAUAACUUUUGAAUCCUUUGUCCAGUCAUCACCAAAUUUGGUCAGAAUGUGUAUGGCUAAAAUAUCUUGGUGAUAUUCAUUAACCAAACACAUGGUCUUAGCCCCUCCAGAGUUAUUACCCUUGAAUUGGCAAAAACUGUAUUUACAUUGCCCACUCUCAUUGGCACACAACUAUCAUGUUUAUAUUCUGCGACAGUCAGAAGUAUUGUUUUAAUAUGUAUUCUUUGUUUACACCAUGUAGGUAAACUUUAAAACAGGAGUGCACUGUUAUGCACCAAUAUUAGUUUUUGAUUUCAAUUGUUUUUCCAGAAGAAACAUUUAAUUCAACUCAAAGGUCCACAGAGUGUCUGAUAUUAAUUUUAACUUCAGAAACAUUUUUACCAAUAGCGUGUAGAAUUUUUGCAUUGCAUUUAUCAUUCAGUUAACUACAAGGAACAUAGAUGCUGUGAGUCUGCCAAUAUUGAAAACCUAAAGAAAGGAUGAAUUACCCAGCUUUUUUAUAUUGAAUACUUAUUAUUCACUGUGAAAAGAACUGAUACAAAAUAGAAAAUUAUAGCAAAAGCUGUUUCUUACACAAGAAUGUAGCACUCCUUCCCUGAUGAACCUUAAAGGCUUACACAUGCACAACUGCCUUUUACAUAUCAAUGAUGCAUUGUACCAGGACAGUAAAUCUCAGAGGAAAAUAUACCAGAUACAAGGCUUGAACUCAAAACUGCAACUGGUUUUUUUUGCUUGAUUUCACUCAGAAGGACCAGAAGGAGUUAAGGGCAUUCACAUUAUCUUUACUCUAAUGGCCAUUAUGUUGUAGAUUUACUAGAUGAUGAAGGCAGUACCUUCCCUUGAGAAAAUUGCUGUUCUACUGUCAAGGUGUGGGUACAUUCAGAAUGACCUUGGCAAGGCAGUAUACACCUGUGGACCUGCAGGAACACUUCUAAGGCACAACAUUCACCACACAUGGUGGGACAAAAUGGUGAACAGGUCAGAAGCAUCAUUUCCAGUGUCUGGAGAAAAUAUCAGUUUGCUGAAGGACUUCUACAUGCCAACGUUACGCUUGAUGAACCACUCUGUGCCUUUCUCCCUCACCCACAUCUCCCAGAGCUCUCCUGUACAGCCUGUCCAGGGACACGAACACAUUGCUGCCUUGCUCAAUCUUCACUCAGAGACGAGGAUGGAGCUGGUUCACUUCUGUUCCCAGACUGCUGUCAACCAGACUUUUGAUGUUGUGGUCAACUCACGCAUCAGUUGGUGGAAACAAUAUUCGUGCAAUUAUGCCAACUUCACCCAGAAGACAGAGGGUGAAGGUGGGUUACAGGAGGUUCACCUACAGUACACAUCGCCAUGGGGACCAGUUACCAUAGAGACAGUGAAGAACCGGGGUCAAGAUGAGGUCAGCAGGCUGGCGGAAGAGAUUGGCCAGGAUUGUAAGGUAAAGAAUGGAAAGAAAAUGGCCAUUCCGUACAUGAUAGAGAGCGUGACAAGUCUAGAGCUAGCCACGGCAUUGUUCCUUAUAGAUGCAUUCACAGAGAGAUCGUCUGUAAAUGACAACACAGUAACCAGGCAGGUCCUGCAGCUGCACCCAGCAUUGGCACCUUACAAGGUUUGCAUGUGUCAGGAUGGUUCCCUUACGCGCCAGAUACAGGAAGUGGUAACAUAUGUCUCCCGUGAGCUCCGCAAGGCGGGCCUACAUGUUCUAGACACACGGAGGGACAGCGGUGAUGUGGAUGCACAGAUACACAGAAAUGACGAAUUUGGUGUACCUUUCACAGUGACCGUUAACAACAAUACAAUCAAAACUGGCAAUAUCCAGCUUCGCAACAGAGAUACUUCGAUACAGGAAACGGUGCCUAUAGGGAAGCUCGCAGAAUAUAUUGCCAAACAUGUUUUCUACCAGCCAACCUGAUAUUAAGUGUGUAGAACUGGUCGUAUGUUUGUUUUGAGACACUACACUUUAUGAUUUUACCAGGUGCCGAGGUGGACUUCAUGUCUUGGAUCAUCAUCAAUGAUUUGUGAGCUUUGCUCUUCUCGACUUAUUUAAGAACAGAGCAUAGGAGACUUCUAAAAAGUGAGCAAGACAAACAUUCUUAGAUGUUAACUUUAUUGUCAGACAUAAUCAAUGACUGCAAAUUUCAUGCAUGCAUUGUCAUCAUAGACACAAGCUAGAAAUACAGUAUAAUCUACUAUGUACAAAUGAUAAAAGCUAGAUUGAAAAAUAAAUCCAAAAAUAUUUUG